AUGCGGAAUUUUAGCACUCGGAGCGGAGAGCUCAUGACAGCUCUGGUGGUGAAAGUCGAAGAAGGAAUCGACAUGUGGAUCUCGAACGGUGCUCUUCAGAUCUUUAAGCUUUCUGAGUCUGAUGCGUUCAAGGUUGCUGUUGAGAACAUUGACAAGGCAACUCCCUCGCCCCUGAAUUGCGAAAGCGCUUGUGUAAGUGACAAAAGAGCUAUGCAGGCGAUAUAUGAGAAGAUAGACAGCAAUCCACACACAAUUUUCUGCAUCAAGGACUACGAGAGAGAACCUGUCGUGCUUUGGAUGCUUUUCAAGGACCAGCAAGCGCUCCCAAGGCUCAUUCUUCCGCGCGUGAUUGAGUGCCUCGCAGGAGCCUUAGGAUGUGCUGCUACAAGCACUGUUGUCAUCCCCUUCUUAAAUGGUACAGUGUUCGUUGGAAACUGCGAGAGCGUCAAAAGCAUGUGGUGGCUAGCGGGUCAGCUGGAAUCUCCUUCAAACAAAGAGAGGAUGGCGCAUGAAGGCUCUGGUUUCGUCUCGGCGCGUCCGUACAGGGUGACGAAGUUACGGAACGAUGAGGGCCUGGUUGAGCUCGAGCCUUAUCCAGUCUACGGAGGCGUGCUGGGGCUUCGCGUUUGGGAGGGACCGGUCAGGAAGCCUAUGUACCCCGUCCCAAAGACCAGAGCAGAGGCAGAGCUGUUGAACCCGCACACGGCGAUAAACCGGGGCUUCAUCUACGAGCUGAUGGACGAGUCGGUGUUCCUUGCGGACCACUGCUGGAACUGCAGGAAGAAGAGUCCCCAACUUCUGAAGUGCGGCAAAUGUCUGAAUGUGAAAUACUGCUGCAAAGAUUGCCAAAGAAUAGGCUGGCGGAAGGACCACAAGUUCGAGUGCGACGCGAUGAAGCUAGCAGCAGAUGCGCCCCACACUACGAAGUCUGCCAGAGGUGACAAGGAAGCGAGAAACGUGGUCAAACAACACAACAAAGAGGUCAGGGAGAAGCUUGCCGAGACGAUAACGGCAAACAUGAAGGACGUCAGCUUGUAG